AUGCUCGCCGACAUGCCUGUAUCUUGGAAUCCCAUUCGUGAAGAAGUGGGCAAUGAUCAGGUCUCAGACAGCGCCGGCCAUAAGGUUGUUCACAAAGGUAUUCCCGCUGUUGAGGAGACUGCGGGUUCCGAUAGGGAAGACGAUGAAGAUAAUUGCGAUGGAGCUGAUGGCAUGACUCAGAAGACAUACGACAGAGGCGGCGAAUAUGCCGAAAGUGAGGUCCUGCAAAUGCGUAGAGCCUUAGUGGAGGACGACGACAUUGACAGUAUAUCGAGUUGGUACAACACAUCAGAGGACGUGCAGAUAUACCCUCAGACUCCCGUGUCGCACCCGACGUCGCUAUUAGGCUUGUCCAGGAUCGUUGACCUCUCUGACUGCCAUGACUACGACGUAAUCACCGUACAUGGUGUUCGUGACGAUUCAAAGACUACAUGGACAUCAGAUGACGGAUCAAACUGGAUCAAACACGAAAUAUUCGAACUAUUCGGAAAAUAUCGGGUUAGACACUUGGACUAUAAAUAUGACACCAGCGACUCUGCUCGUAUUUACGAUCCGAGCGGAAACGGGAUCACUAUGGAGGCCAACGUUCUGCUACAGAGCUUGGCACAGCAGAGGGCUGAACUUCCCAGUGCUCUUGUCAAUGCAGCACACAAACGGCCCGACCCUCUCGACUGGAGGGGUCAUCACAAACGCUCUGUGAGAUUUGUCGACUUCUACAGGAAGCUGACACUUCUCACGUCGACAAUUAUUUUUUUGGGUUGUCCCCACCGCAGCAAGUCGACAGAAGAUCUAGAAGACGAACUGUUUGCUCUACUGUGUCUGCCCGGCCCUCAUAUGAAAAAGCGGAUCUUGCAAAAGAUCAGGCAUUUGGCUCGCCAGAUUGAAAGAGUCAACCUGGAGUUCCUGGAAACCAACGUCUUGGACCGUGCUGUUGUCUUGAAUGUUAUUUCUGAACCACAGGGUCAAGGACAGACCGAUGUGACCAAUGAGCCUCAAGUCAUGGGGCCUGUGGCAAAAGAGGCAAUUCGAAUUAAUUCCGCUCUUUUGCCACUUCAAAACUCGUUGCUUUCUCUUUUACCACCAACGCAAAUCAACACGUGCCAGAUCGAAUAUGAGACUGGUGCCAGGCCCGCUCUUAUGUCUUGGAUAUUAGAGAACGAUGUUUUCACCAACACAGGGCCGAAGAUUGUUUAUCUUCAUGCGGGGGGUCCGAGUUGCCAAGCUGUAAACAUGAAGCUUGUAUCUCAAGAGCUGCAAUUUGCAAUGGACCUCUCAUCGUUAAGUGACAUUGACUUUGAGUACCCGGGACUUCCGAGUAAAGGCUGUUUCUACUUCGGGUUCGACCGACACGACAGCAGACGAAACGGGAUCAAAGCCAUGAUCACAUCCUUCUUGUGCACCUUCGCUUGCCGUUUCUGGAACGACGGAGACGCGACACUCAACUGGGUGGCUGAGUCUCUGAAAAAGAUUAAAUGUUGGUCAUUGAGAGAUUUGGUCACUAUGUUUCUGCGUGUCCAGAAGACCGGUGUUAUGAGGGGAUUGCCCAUACUACUUGGCCAAAUUGACCAGUGCGAUGAGCAGGAGCGACGUGUCUUCCUCCAAGCCGUCCUGAAGCGAAAUAGCUACAACGAAUUCCGUACGCGCCUCCUCAUAACCACGACCAGACCAGAUGAUUACAUAUGCGGAAUCUUGCCGCCAAAUAGCAUCAUCAAUCUGAGUGACUAUCCACUGUCACUCACGAAGUAUUUAGCGCAUCCAGACCGACCUAAUGCCCUCGAGGAGAGAAUGCGGAGUCUGCUUGCUAGUCGACCUGAAUUUGUGCAAUACAGCUCCAAGGUCCGCCAGAUAUUAGAAAAGUUCAGAAAAGUCCCGAGGCUUCAAGACACGAUCCUGGAAUAUCUUGGAGAUUGCAAAAUUGUGCCGGCCGCAGACGAAGCCGACGACUUGCUACGGCAGCUAUCAUGCGAUUCGCACCAAAGAGCCCUUCGAUGCGUCAUUGAGUCUCUUUCAGUAGAAAGGAAACCCAUGACCUGGCUGAUCUACAAUUUGAUCAAAUGUGCCGCACAGCCGUUGACUCUAGAAUUUCUCGCAGAAGCCGUUAGAUUAUCAUCACCACCGGAGGUCCCACAGCUCGCACAUAUUCACAACCUGGAUGUUUUCGUCAGAGACAUACAGCAGGACUUGAGAGGGAUCGUCGUCUGGGACGGGCGCGAAAUCAAAUUUUCAGACGACACGUUCUAUGAAGUGUCGGCGACUGGCGAAAAGGGUGAAAAGCAGGAGCAUACUUGCCGCUCACAUGCCGACAUGGCUACCGUGUGUUUGCGUUAUAUUCUGAGUGAAAGCGGACAGAAAAUGCUCGCUUCUCUGUCAAUGGAGAGUCAAGACGUGGAUUACCUGACCUGGUCGCCUAACACGCUUCCCCAACACAGUCUAGUAACAUAUGCACUACGGUACUGGACGCUUCACUAUCGAGCAGCAGGUGGCUACCGGCCAGUCGACCUUGCAAGAGAACUUUUCAAGGAUGACUUCAAAAGGCACCCCUGGGUAGAGGCAUCUUAUCUCCUCUCUAAUCCGUUCACCCGAAUUCAGAGAGAGUACAUAUCUCCACUACCAUACAUGUCCAUGCUCGGGCUUGAUGAUCUUGUCCUCGAGCAGAUCGAGAGCGAUACGAAGCCUGAUGGUUGGAAUCGGUACCAAUGGCUGGCAAUCACAGAAGCGGCUCGAAACGGACACAGCAACACAGUUGCCUUGCUCCUCGAACACACUGAUACCGACGACACUGGUUUGAGAGAGGCACUUCAUUGGGCAGCCAACUACGGUGAAGGAGGUGGACUGGAUUACUUAAUCUCAAGAGCACAACAGGUUGAGGGAUUUCAGUGGCCGCCGUUCAUCCUUGAUCGCGCGGUGACGGCCGGGCUCGAGAACCUCGUAUCAGCUCUGGUGCAUGCCGACUACGACUUAAACGAGAAAGACAGCACUGGGAAAGGCCGCGCUAUUCAUACUGCAAUAGAGAAUGGUCAGCAUCACGUGCUGAAGAUCUUGUUAGACAGCGGACGGGUGGAUCUCGGGCUCGAAAGUGAUGCUGGUCACUCGCUCUUGGUACUGGCGGCCGAGGCGGGCGAGCCAGAAUCAAUACGACUUCUGCUGUCCGCUGGUGCCAGUCUGAAUAACUGCGACGGGGAGGCAUAUCAAAUCUUACUAGAUACCAUCAGCUGGGCCAACCAUGAGGCUCUAAGCAUUCUUGUCAAUGCUCAAGUCCAUUCCAACAAUGAUGUUGUGAACGCUAGCUGGAGCAAAGAAGACGAUGUCUUCCCUCUAUCGCAAGCUGCCGGACUUGGCUUUAAAGAAUGUACUCGAAUCCUUUUAGACAAGGGCGCAAAUCCGUGCGCCGUCGGCCAAGGCGGAUGUGCUUUGUACCAGGCGAUCAGACAUGGGCCGUAUUCCGAUAUCUGCCUCAUGCUUCUACAGAAAGGAGCGGACCCGAAUCAGUACGACGCAGAUGACCAGGCAAUCGAAAGCAAGAAAAGUAUUUUAACGACAGCCAUCGAGUUUGGAGACGCGCCUCUGGUGGCAAUGUUACUCGACUACGAUGCCAAAAUUAAUGUUAGAGAUCGCAGUUGGUUUGGCUCACCUCUGGCGGAGGCCAUUCAUGAAGAGCGCUUUUCUUCUGAUUCUCGUGGAGUCGUGGAAUUGUUGCUGGAGCGAGGCGCGGAUCCCAAUCUGGAAAACAAGUACGCCAGCGGCGACUACGGGACGUCCGGAUCGCCUCUGUACUAUGCUCUUAAGUGGGCUAAGAACCAGCACGUGGCUGAGAUUCUGAUCGCGAAAGGUGCAGAUAUCCACUGGUCAAGGAAUGACGACGGGGUUUCUAUUCUUCAUGCGGCAUGCGGACUACAUGAAAUGCUUUCUAUCCUCCUCGCAAAAGGCGUGGAUAUCAAUGUCACUGACAACAGCAACUGGACCACACUUAUGACGGCGGCAGCGAGGACCGAUGCAACGCAGUCCAUCGAGGUUCUUUUGCAGAAUGCAAGUCCCAAAGCAGACUUGGAAAUUGUUUCGACAGACAGCUCUGGGUCUACAGCACUUCACCUUGCCUGCGAAAGAUGCGCAGGAGAGGCAGUGAAAUUGCUCCUCGAAGCUGGCGCAGACAUCAACCGCCAGAGAGGUGACGGAAAGUUUCCGCUCGGUCUAAUUCUCGCAUCAGACCUGCCACAUACGCUUUACGAGAGGACAGUCGAGUUGAUGCUUGAACGAAGACCUAAUAUGGGCUUGUCAGACAAUGAGGGAAACACUGCUCUACACAAUAUCCAGUGUAAAACACCUUUGUCCGUCGUCCUGCGCUUGGUAGAAGAAGGUGCGCCGGUCAGCACAGUUAACAACAAAGGAUACAACUGUCUCGCUUGGGCUGUGCGUUGCGGAAACACUGAAGCCGCUCGGUAUCUGGCGACCGUCAAGGGUGUGCGAACCGAUAUAUAUCACCCGAAUUUUGGUAGCAUCUUGCAUUUGGCUGCUGCGCGCUCCACUCUGCACUUUGUGAAACAGCUUGUCAGGACUGGCGCCGAUUACGGCAUGGUGGACCCCAAAUUCGGUGAAUCACUUCUCUAUUCCGCUGUCGGAAAUGAAGACCCCCAGGAAUGUCGAGAGAUCACUCGAUACUUCGUGGAGGAACUCGGUAUCGAUGUGAACGCUUUAGGAGGAAAGUUGAGCACUCCCCUAUUGCGAGCGGUGGCUGAGGACAAAGAAACUUCUCUGGUGAGGUAUCUUCUCCGCCAUGGAGCACGCGGAGAUGCCGUGGACAACCUCGGCCGGAUGGCUGUCCACUGGGCAUCGAACCGUGGGAAUAUUCAGAAUUUAAAGGCCUUGGUCAAGGCUGGGCUUGAUCUAUCGGUCAGUGAUAAAUAUGGCCGCAGACCCCUGCACUUUGCUGCAGCAAGUGGCAGCGAGGAAGUGCUGCAGUACGUUUUGGAGCAACUUUCUGCUGGUAUCAACGCCUUCGACGUUGAUGUGGCCGAUGUGGACGGCUGGACUCCACUGAUGUGGGCUUGCAGACAGACGGAUGACAAAAUGGCCUACGUCUUGGUCAACAAGUAUAAAGUAGACAUUUAUGCACGCAGCAAAGAUUCGGAAUGGUCGGCACUGAAGAUUACCCGUUUAUACUUCUUCUCUGAUGAACCCACCGUGAGGUUGUUCCCGACCAUUGACAAUCGAGGCCACGAAGAGGGCUUCAGGCCAGAAGAUAACGAGAUGGAGCGUGGGGAGUGUCAUGACGAAAUUUGUGUUAGCUGUGAACAGACUCCAUCUGUAGGCGAGUUGUGGUCAUGUUCGGAAUGUGAGGCACACUUGUGCUUCAAAUGCAUUCGACACAGUGAGACGAUUCAUGGUCCGGAGCACAAAUUCCGCAAGGUGGACAAAUACGCGACGGGCGAAGAAAGGUCCGACGACGACACUGAUCGCUCUGAUAAUGCAAGCGAGAGCGGGGAUAGAAGCGAUGACGAAGAGCAGGACGAAAGUGAAAGUGAGAGCGAGGAAGAAGAUGAUGAUGCGAGUGAGACAUGA